UUUAAAAGAAUAGUUUACGUUUUCACAUUUUUGGUUGUUAUUGUUAAAUAAUUCAUCGGAGUAAAUUACUUAGCAACGAAAGAAGGGCAUCAAGAUGUCAAAAGCUACAAGCAUCAAAGAAGCUCUCCAAAAAUUUGAACAAAAGGAAGAAAAGAAAGCCUCAGAAUGCCCACAUGUAAAGUUGAUAGCCCAGUAUCCACCAAUAGAAAAGAUGGAUGCAUCCCUCUCCACCUUGGUCAGCUGCGAGAAACUGAGUCUUUCAACAAACUGCAUAGAAAAAAUUGCAAAUUUAAAUGGACUCAAAAAUUUGAAGAUUUUGUCACUCGGAAGAAAUAGCAUCAAAAGCUUGACAGGUUUGGAAGCUGUAGGAGAUACACUUGUUGAACUUUGGAUUUCCUAUAACAACAUUGAAAAACUCAAGGGUAUCAAUGUCUUAAAGAAACUAGAGGUUCUCCUUAUGUCUAACAAUCAAGUUAAAGACUGGUCAGAAUUUGGAAAACUGGCUGAUCUUCCAUCUCUAAAAGAGCUUCUUUUUGUUGGUAAUCCUCUGGAAGAAAAGCAUUCAGCAGAAGGAGACUGGCGAGAUCAAGUGGCAGGCAAGCUGAAGAAGCUGAAGAAGCUUGAUGGCGUGCCUGUUGUCCGGGAAGAAGAAGAAGAUGAACAAGAAGCUUGAGGGAAUUUUCCAUCUUGUCAGCAAGACGUCUUGAUAACUGCUGCUUAGACCAUUCAUCUGCAAACAUGUCACAAAUCAAUGCAAGUUAGACGGGAUAAUUUGAAAUUCUCAAAAUAUUUGUGAGAGGCAAAGAUGAUGUUAAAAAACUGAUUUAAAGUAUGUGUAAUGUACUCUUGUUUAUAUUUUCAGCAAAAGAUUCCUUUUACUUGCACAAUCAGUUUCUAGGCUUAGUGACUAUAAUUAUAGAUCCUUUUGUCAAUCAUGAAUAAAAUACAAAUAAAACUAUGCAUCAAAACACGAAGAGACAAAACUUGUCUUAUAAAUAAGUGCAACUGCAAUUCUUAUUAUGAAUACAGUCACUUGUGUGAACACGAGUAAAUAAUAAUGAAUGGCUACAGUAUUUUGAUAUUAUGAUGUUUAUGAAGGAAACUGUUCAAAAUAUCAGUAAAAAUCUACUAUUUUUGGAUAUUUCACAAAUCACUAUACAUGUAUUUGAUUUCUUCGAACUUGUGGACAUAUCAACUUAAAAUAUUUUGUCAGAACUGAAUUUUGAGUUUUAUCCAUGUAAAAAAGAAAUGAUUAUUGUUCAA